UUUUCGAGGACGGCGACCGAGUCUGUGGAGCCGCCCCAGGAGCCGGAGCUGUCGCAUCCCCUCCUCUUCCACUUCCCGUUGCAAACAAUAAAGGCCGUUCGUACCGUAGUAAGUUUGUGUCCGCGUUCUUUUUUUCCGAGGCUGCAGAGUUAGGGAGGCUGUACGCGUGAUUCCGCACAGCGGAUUUUGCAAAUCUUCCCUUGGACCUCAGGCCCCUGCCGGAGCGCGGGCGACAUUUUCGCAGAAGUUUCUCUGGCCGACCUUGCCGGCACCUCCGGAUGGCAGCCCUGCGCCGAACCCUCCACCUGGCGAGCCUGGCGGCGGGGGCGCGUCGCGCCGUGGCGGGCUCCCUGGCUGGUAGCUGCCUGGCGGACCGCCGCCUCUGGGAUAAGCUCCCCGUCCAGCCCCGUGAGGGCAGCGCCGGCACCUUCGACUGGUUCUUUGGAUACGAGGAAGCCCAGGGGCUCCUACUGCCGCUGCUGCAGGGGGCACCAGCUGCCUGUCCGCCGCGGGUGUUGGACGUGGGCUGUGGGACCUCCAGCUUGUGUACAGGCCUCUACACCAAAUGCCCGCACCCAGUGGACGUGUUGGGGGUGGACUUCUCUCCUGUGGCUGUGGCCCACAUGAACAGCCUCCUGGAAGGUGGCCAAGGCCAAACACCCCUGUGCCCGGGGCACCCUGCCUCACGCCUCCACUUCAUGCAAGCUAAUGCCCAGAACCUGCAGCCAGUGGCUUCCUCAGGCUCUUUCCAUCUAGUGCUAGACAAGGGCACCUGGGAUGCUCUUGCCCGGGGUGGUCUGCCUGGGGCUUACCAGCUGCUGUCAGAGUGCCUGAGGGUCCUAAGCCCUGGGGGGACCCUGAUUCAGUUCUCAGAUGAGGACCCUGAUGUACGGCUGCCCUGCCUGGAGCAAGGGUCCCAAGGCUGGACUGUGUCUGUGCAGGAGCUGGGCCCUUUCGGGGGCAUCACCUACUUUGCUUACUUGGUUCAAGCCUCCAAUUAAAGACUUUUAAAACCUGA